AUGUAUGCUUCCAAUGAGCCGCGACCACAAUACACCACCGGUGUCCCAGUACAACACAUGACCACCCCCGGCAAACGGUCUACUGGCCUUUGUGAUUGCAGCAAAGAUUGGUCUAGUUGUUGUUUGACGUGUUGGUGCCCGUGCAUUUCAUUUGGACGAAUUGCUGAGGUUGUCGACAUGGGUACUACUUCAUGUGGAGUAAGCGGUGCGCUCUAUUCGGUACUUUGUCUAUUUACCGGAUGUGAAUGUAUAUAUUCAUUUAUGUAUCGUUCUAAAGUAAGGAAACAAUGCAUGUUGCCUGAGCAACCAUGCAAUGAUUGCCUUUUACAUUGUUGUUGCAAUCUUUGCGCUCUUUGCCAAGAGUAUCGUGAGCUUAAAUACCGUGGAAUCGAGCCUGCUUUUGGAUGGCAAGGAAAUCUAGCGAACCAAACUCAGGGAGUCGUGAUGGCACCAAUUGGUCCAGGAGAAAUCAGAGGCAGUACCAAAAAAAAAUUCUAA